CAGCCAAUCAGAUCCCUCCUGACUGUGUUGGCAUGGUGACAGAGGUCAGAGGGUUCACUGACCCACAGAAGGAGGAGUACUUCAGGAAGAGAUUCAGAGAUGAGGAGCAGGCCAGCAGGAUCAUCUCCCACAUCAAGACAUCACGAAGCCUCCACAUCAUGUGCCACAUCCCAGUCUUCUGCUGGAUCACUGCUACAGUUCUGGAGGAUGUGCUGAAAACCAGUGAGGGAGGACAGCUGCCCGAGACCCUGACUGAGAUGUACAUCCACUUCCUGGUGGUUCAGGCCAAAGUGAAGAAGGUCAAGUAUGAUGGAGGAGCUGAGACAGAUCCACACUGGAGUCCAGAGAGCAAGAAGAUGAUUGAGUCUCUGGGAAAACUGGCUUUUGAUCAGCUGCAGAAAGGAAACCUGAUCUUCUAUGAAUCAAACCUGACAGAGUGUGGCAUCGAUAUCAGAGCAGCCUCAGUGUACUCAGGAUUGUUCACACAGAUCUUUAAAGAAGAGAGAGGAUUGUACCAGGACAAGGUGUUCUGCUUCAUUCAUCUGAGUGUUCAAGAGUUUCUGGCUGCUCUUCAUGUCCAUCUGACCUUCAUCAACUCUGGAAUCAAUCUGCUGGAACAACAACAAACAAACUCCAAGCGGUCUAGCUUUUUUAGAAAAAAAGAGUCUCUUCACCAGAGUGCUGUGAACAAGGCCUUACAGAGUCCAAAUGGACACCUGGACUUGUUCCUUCGCUUCCUCCUGGGUCUUUCACUGCAGACCAAUCAGAGUCUCCUACUAGGUCUGCUGACACAGACAGAAAGUAGCUCACAGACCAAUAAGAAAACAGUCCAGUACAUCAAGAAGAAGUUCAGUGAGAAUCUGUCUGCAGAGAAAAGUAUCAGUUUGCUCCACUGUCUGAAUGAACUGAAUGAUCGUUCUUUAGUGGAGGAGAUCCAACAGUCCCUGAGAUCAGGAAGGCUCUCCACAGAUAAACUGUCUCCUGCUCAGUGGUCAGCUCUGGUCUUCAUCUUACUGUCAUCAGAAAAAGAUCUGGAUGUGUUUGACCUGAAUAAAUACUCUGCUUCAGAGGAGGCUCUUCUGAGAAUGCUGCCAGUGGUCAAAGCAUCCUACAAAGCUCUACUAAGUGGCUGUAACCUCUCAGAGAAAAGCUGUGAUGCUCUUUCCUCAGUUCUCAUCUCCCAGUCCUGUAGUCUGAAACAGCUGGACCUGAGUUACAAUAACCUGCGGGAUUCAGGAGUGAAACUUCUGUCUGCUGCACUGCGGAGUCCACAUUGUACACUAGAAACUCUCAGGUCAGGAUCCUAA